CUCGGAGCCGCUGCUGCUUCCUCCUCCUCCUGCUGUGCCUCCUCCUCCUCCUCCUCCCGCAGCCGCUGGAUGCCGGAGCGGCUCGGGGGCUCCGGGAUGCGGGGCCGGGCCGGGAUGCGGGGCUCGGCGCUGCGCGGGGCCGUGCCGCUGCUGGGCUGCCUGCUGGCCGCGGCGUCCAGCACGCGGCCCGAGUGCAGCAUCAUGCAGGAGAUCGAGGAGGAGCGCAGCCAGUGCCUGGCAGAGCUGACCUGGGACAACCAGACCUCAGGAUGCAGGAGGCAGUGGGACAACAUCACAUGCUGGCCUGAAGCAGAGGUGGGAGAAGUCGUGGUACGGCCAUGCCCCAAGUACUUCAGAUUCCUGACCUCCUUCCUGGGGAAUGUGACCAGGAACUGUACAAGCCAGGGCUGGUCAGAUGUGUACCCUGCACCCUACGCUGUAGCUUGUGGAUAUGAUUCCAACAGCACUCCAGGGGAAGAGCAAACGGCGUUCUACGGAACAGUCAAGACCGGCUACACCAUCGGACACACCUUAUCCCUCAUCGCCCUGACGGCUGCCAUGAUCAUUCUGUGUCUCUUCAGAAAACUACACUGUACUCGAAAUUACAUUCACAUGCACCUCUUCAUGUCCUUCAUCAUGAGAGCCAUCGCAGUCUUCAUCAAGGAUGUCAUCCUGUUUGAAAGUGGGGAGUCUGAGCACUGCUUCGUGAGUUCAGUGGGCUGCAAGGCCAUGAUGGUUUUCUUCCAGUACUGUGUCAUGGCAAACUUCUUCUGGCUGCUGGUGGAGGGGCUGUACCUUCACACCCUGCUGGUCAUCUCCUUCUUCUCGGAGAGGAAAUACUUCUGGUGGUACAUCCUGAUCGGCUGGGGUGCCCCCUCCGUGUUCAUCACUGCCUGGACUAUUGUCAGGAUUUACUUUUUUGAUGUUGGGUGCUGGGAGGAAAUAGUGGAAUCCCCAUUCUGGUGGAUCAUUAAAACUCCUAUUUUGGUGUCUAUUUUGGUGAACUUCAUCCUCUUCAUCUGCAUCAUCCGUAUCUUAGUCCAGAAGCUGCAUUCCCCAGAUGUUGGGCACAACGAAACCAGCCAAUAUUCGAGGCUGGCCAAGUCCACCCUGCUGCUGAUCCCUCUCUUUGGCAUUCACUACAUCAUGUUUGCUUUCUUCCCCGACAAUUUCAAAGCAGAAGUGAAGCUGGUCUUUGAGCUGGUGGUUGGGUCAUUCCAGGGAUUUGUGGUGGCUAUUUUGUACUGCUUUCUCAAUGGAGAGGUGCAAGCUGAGCUCAAGAGGAAGUGGCGGAGGUGGCACCUGGAGCGGUUCCUGGGCUCGGACAUGAAGUACCACCACCCUUCCCUGGGCAGCAACGGCACCAACUUCAGCACCCAGAUCUCCAUGCUGACCAAGUGCUCGCCAAAGACGCGCCGCUGCUCCAGCUUCCAGGCCGAGUUCUCCCUGGUGUGAGAGGCUCCCCAGGCACUGAGCAUCCAAAACUGAGGCACGAGGAUCCCUGGGAAUCAGUGAUCCCACAACAAAUCCCUGUGAAAUGACCUGCUCCACAUGAGCCAACAGAGGACACACAACUGGAAAAGCUGCUGGCAUCCAGGAUGAGAUCGGACAAGCCAAGAGGCAGAGAAACACUUUUGCUCUCCCUCUUUUCAGGCCUUUCACUCUUCAGUUUCAAGCCCUCAGGGGUUGAUAACUCUGAGGAAUUUUUCAAGUUGCUUGAGGACAACCUGGGACAUGCUGGUGUGUCAUAAAUAAUGAAGUACUGGGGGUAAGGGAGGGAGAACCUCAGUCCUCAGUGGCUUUACCAGAACUGGCAUCUCUGAAACAGAUAAAUUGCACUUUUUUUUUUUUUCUUUUUUAAUGAGCCAGUAAAGGAGAAACAGAGGCAGGAAGCAGGAAAAAAAGAAAUGCCAAACAUACGAAUGUGCCAAAAUUCCUGUGGAUAACAGGUGAUGAUACAGCACCACUGACGGUGUUGGGAACACAGGGAGAAGGGACAGGAGGACCAUGAGCAGGAAGGGAGAGACCAGCACAUGACCCCCACGUUUUACACAGGUGGAGAUGAAGCUGCAGCACCAGGAGAGCCCCUCAGAGGAUGCCCCAGUGUGUUCUGCUAUUUCCCCACCAUCCUUGGGAGCAGAAGCUUUCCAGGCACCCUUGGGUGCCCUUUGGAAGAGCAGAGCACUGAGAAGGACCAGCCCUUCUCUGCACUGUGUUGGUGACAUGGUGUUUUGUUUGCUUGUGUUCCACGAACAAGAAACUCGAUUUUCAUGCAUAAAAACCAGGGCCAGAUGCCAAAAGCAGAGCACGCCUGUGGUUUUUUCAUUCUCCUAAAGUUCUCACAGAUCUCGGUGCAUGGAUGCACCCAGAAUCAUUAGGGAUCAGGAGAAAAUAAUUGGGCUGUAAUUCAUUUGCACUUGUUUAGCACACACUGUCAGGAAAGGGAAAUACAGGGCCCUGAAAUCCUUAAUUGAAUCAGAGCUACCGUAAGGAGCCACUCUCCAGAUGAAAAAAAUUAGCGUCCCAGCAGCAGAUAAAAUUGCUUUCAUCAGAACAAGGUUGUCUCAGCACACAACUGGCACUCCAGGAAGGAGGAAGGAGUGAAAGAGCUACUAAAUGUAUUUCUUCUUCAGCUUUUCUGGGGAGCUUUCAUACUAUUUGAAGGCAUUGUUAGAUAUUUAAGAUUUGUGUGUGCACUUUACCUCUUUUCUGAAGGCCUGUUAGUUUCCAUACAGGGGCAAUUCCUACUUGAAGAAUGCACGUGGAUCCCAUUAAAACCAAGGGAGUAGGGCUUUUUUAAUUCUUGUUUUUGUGGUGGAGGGGCAAAGGAGAAAUGUUAAAGGCCAGUCCUGCUCAUUUGAGGCAACCCUACAAUCCCAAAUUCAGUCAGAAGACAGAAAAUACAGGGAUACAGAUGCUCAUGUUUGUGUCCCACUCAGCUGCAUCAAAUAGGGUUGAAAAGGUUUUAUGCUGAGGGUGAGAAAUCCCUGCCCAACUCAUGAGUACCUUCAGUAAUUGGGCUGCUGCCAUGCUACUAAAACAUGUCCUCAUGAAAUAAUUUCUGGGUCACCAACACAGGCACCUGGAGAGGGAGGUGAGCCCUGUUUUAGAGCUCAGAGAUCUCAACUCACCAGUUUUAUGAAAUGCAGUCCAUUGGAGGGAAGCACCUGCAGCCUGGUGGGGUUGGGGUUGUUGGCCUUUAGCAAACGAUGCCAACAAUUCUGAGCCCAGGAGGAGAUUUGCAGAUCCCUUCUGAGUCCUGACAGGGCAGUGUUCCGUGCCAUAACCUCUCCCAGAACCUGUUACCAGCUGGGCUGGAUGCUCCCAAAGUAUUUCUCCAGGUGUGGGACUGUGAUUGCAGGGAGCCAGCUCAGAUCCUGUCACAUACCUACCCAGCCUGUAGGUCCUAAAAGGAUAGGAAGAUGUGAAAAUUCCUGGAAUUACAGUGCUGGUAAUCCCAGGCUGGCCAGGUAUGAACCAGCUUUGUUAUGGCUACUUUACACUGAGCCCACAUCAACAGAGAGAAUCCAACUCUGAUGUGCCAUAAAAUCAUCAAAAUGCAGCUCCCUGAUUCCCAAAAUGCAGGGAAAACAAGAGGAUGCUCAAAAUUUUCCCACUUUGCUUGCAGUGAAGCCCUUAUGCCUUGACACCCCUCAAACAAUACCCCAUUGAAAUCCACAAGGUUCUCAGAGGCAAGAACCUUUGAAGUGGUCCUGGUCAGAGCUCAAGAAGAAUUUGGACGAUGCACUCAGACACUUGGUGUGAUUUUUGAGGUUGUCUGGUGCAGGACCAGGAGCUGGACUCGAUGAUCCCCGUGGGGCCCUUCUAACUCAGGAUAUUCUGUGAUUCUCUUUGUGUUUGGUGCUGGUGUUGCUCUGCUGAGCAUUUUCAGACCUGGAUUAGAACUCACCCAGGAAAUACUGGAGAAAUCCCACCAGUACCACCAGUUCUUCUGCUGUGCCUGGUUCAAAGCAAGGAUUUGACCUGCAUUUUUCCAGGUGAAUGACUAACUUCAAGGAAACCCAGAAGAAGCAAGGGGAAAUUCUGUCUCAGCUUCCAAGCUGUUCCACUUGGUGUAAAAUGCUUUGUUUCACUGGUUCAGAGUUUUGAAGCAAUGUCAGUCUGGGAAAGAUUGGAUUCAUCAGGCUGCAAAGCCGUUCCCCCUGUUCAUCUGUCAUGGUAAAUAUUUAUACCCAACAAAACCGAUGGGCUGCAGAGGAGCACUGCCCAACCUUGGGAAUGCAUCCACUGAGGUGUGAACUGGAAUUUCAGGUCCCAGCCAAGCAGCAGAGGAGCUGGAGCACGGAGCUGUAGAGCAGAAGUGCAGCAGCACUGCCAGCAGCCUCCUUUGUGGGAUGUGAGGGAAUCCCUUCCCAUCUGUUCCAGGCAGCCUUGUGAGCCACCAGCUCUGAGACACACUGAGCAUUUUCCCUCUGCUCUUCACCUUCCCUUUCCUCUCCCUGUGCUCCCUUUUCCUCUCCAUUUGCAGGAGGAAAUUUGUGUGUUUGCAGCUUUUCUUGUGUUCCAGCCCUGUGCUAACCUGUGCCAGCACCAGCCAUAUGCCAAAGACAGCCAGGAGAGGUUUGCCUCUUGGAGAUGUGACAGGGAAAAAACCCAGCUGGCUAUUCAGCCUCACCACAGGCUCCUCUGCAACCUGUCACGCUCCCCACCAGGCUGUUCUGCACAGGAACCUGAAGAUGGGAUGUUUCUUGAGCUGAGGAGCUCCUUCAAAACGUGUGGAGUACUUCAGCAGGGCAGAACUGUGCCCCAAGGCACCCUACUCACAAUUAUUUCAUUGCAGAACAUCCAGCCACGCUGCCUUUCUGCUGUCAAGGGUUUUUGAGGGAUUAAAUGAACGUGCUGAACGGACCUGCUGGGACAGGCAUGGCAAUGUCAGAGAUGCAGAGCUGCCAGCCCAGCUGCCCUGGCCCUGUGCUCCAGGAAAACAGAGGAGCUGGGGGUGAAAUCAGAGCCCCCCACUCUGGGGAGCCAUGUGAGCAACCAAGUGAAUGAGGACAUUGGGCUCAGGCCCUGUUUGACUGGCUCAGUGCAGGAAUUUGGCUCCAUCACUUGGCCUGGUCUGCUCUGUUUUUCCUCCAACUCAUCAAUAAAAUGGAAUUCAAGGACUUCAGUGGAGAUGACAAGGUGGAGGGAGCUGUCCUGGCCCCAUGGCCUGGCCCCACACAGAGCACAGGACAGAGCUCAGCACCUUUGCUGCUCCCCCAGCUCCAGCCUGACCCCAGCAGGACAACUGCAUCCAUUUGCUGCAUAACAAGAUCUGAGGUGUGCCUCUCAAAAGGUGUUAAAGCUCCUUCUGCCUCUGUUAAAAGGCACAUGUUUGAGGAUCAUGAAUUUGGGCUCCAAAACUCUUUAUAGAAAUAAAGCCAAAUUCUGAUCCUGCUUGCACCAAUCAGCUCACUGCAGUGACUCCUGAAUGACACCAGCAUUAAACUGGGAUUUGCCUUCAAAAUAAUCCCUUUUUCUUCAUUCUGGAGCUGCUUACUCACUUUUUACAUCAGGGAUAGAGUAAGCCUCUCCUGUUCUAUACUUCAGUGAUUGAAUUAUUAAAUUUAUUCUUAAGUACAGAACAAUUAAAAUAUAAACAAUAAAUUAUUGUCAAAGUCUAGAGGUAACAGGUUCAAUGCUAACAUUAGACUGUGGAUAUUUCUGUUCAGAUUGGACCUCUGUUGCUUUGUGACCCUCUCACAAACAGCAAGAAAUGAGAAUAUGACCAUGUUUAGGGUUUAGAAAAGAAAUUCUGUUGCAGAAUUUUAGGGGCAUGAAAAUCAAACAAGUUUUUAAUAUCAGAUUUAUGUAUGCAGGAGCAGCAGCAUUACUGCAGUUGUGGAAUGAAAAGGGGGGAAAGCUAGAAGAUGAAAGACCUGAGAAUUUUGCUUUAUUUUUUGUUUGUUUGGGGUUUUUUUUGUUAGGAAAAAAGUUAUGUUUUUCUUCAGGAAGGUGUUGCUGGAGAAAAGAUAUUUUAUACAUGAACUAAUCAUCAGAUUUCCUUCUUUCUCUAUAUCCCACUGCAGUGGGUUCCCAUUCAUCUCAAAAGCAAUGAGGGUCAUGUCUGUGCCACAGGGCAGAGGGAUUAAACCCAAAUCUCUGCUCCAAUCUGAUGGAAAUGCUUUCAGAGAGAAAUGCACCUGGUGAUGAAUGAAAGAUUGAUGGUAGUUUUUCAAAAGCAAAAUGAAGUUCCAAAGAAAGCUCAGGAGUGAAUGAACGCCACUUGGCUCCAUGGCAGGGAUUAAAGGGGGUUUGGUGGGAAUUUUUUGUCUCCAUUCUUUCCAGCUUCACCCCAGGGUUUAAACAAGGGGAAGGGAAAUACAAAAUAACUUCAGACCAAAAGGGAAUCUCUCAAACUGAGAAGAGCCAAUGUGUGUCUCCAGGAAGCUUAUUUUAUUCUGACCACACAGAUCCAUCUUGGUUUGAUAAGUGGCCUGUGGAAACACAGGUGGACCAGAAGCAAUGUCCCUUCUCUGGCAGGUGAAUGCAGUGUAACAGGAAAGCCCACAGUAAAAUAUCCCUCCUGCUUUCAGGCUGGGUGUUUGGUUCCCUCCCAGCCUUGGGCUUCCCCCCACAGCAACUCUGCAGCCAUGAAUGUGCCAAACUCCUGGGACAGGGAUUGCAAUCCUAAAUUCCCUGCCUCACAAUGCAAAUUUGCACUUUUCCCACCCUGGUAAUGAUGGGGCCAGUACCAAAAAGCUGCUUCACUGGAGAUGAACCCUGAAGAGCAGGGGGUCACACACACCCACAUCCAUCCAGAAGGACUCUGCUGGCAUCAUUCAGGCACUAAACUGCUGUAAUAAGGAAAAGAUUCAAGUCCCAGACUGGCAGGUGGAGUCAGAUGUCCCAAAAUGUGGAUUUCAAUCAAUUCCCCUUCAGUCAGUCAGCUUUUCAUCCCCUCUGUAAACCCAAUAUUUGCAUUUCAGACUGCUGAGGUAUAAUUACAGUGACGGACCUUGUUAUUUUCCCUGGAGACACGUGCAGAUGUAAACUAAGUUUUGAAGCUUCUUUGGAGCACAGAUCAUCUUUUCCACCUCUUCCUGAACAUCCUAACUUGCAUGAUCCUGUGCUGAAGAGCCCUGGGUUUGAAACUCUGGUUAUUUCUAGAAUACUGUGAAAUCACAGGGGAGAAAGCAAACCUUUGGGACUGGAAGCUACAGGUCUGUAAGGAAAAUAAUUCCCACUUGUGUUCUGAGGGUCAAACCCUGAGGACACACACAUUGACAGCAGCAGAGCACCAGUGUUUUAUACCCAAGUUUUGUGGAUAUUGUACAUUUGUACAUAGAGGAAAUCUGAAGAGCACAUUUAAGAAGAAAAAAAAAAAAAAAAAACACAUUUUUGAUACUCAGAUGAUGAUGAUAAAUGGAGUUCAAAAAGGCCGUUUUGAACUCAAAAGUGCAUUUUUCAGAGCCUGUUUCAAACACCUCAAGCUGUGGGUCAGCAGCUGGUGCCAUCUGACCCUUCUCACUCAAGCUGUAAAGACCUGUGCUCUGCCCUCCUGUAAAUAGGCUUUGGCAGCAGAGGGUGAUGGGCACUGGCUGUGAGCAGAGGAUCUCUGUGGGCUUCUCUGUGCCAGGUGCUUGUGAUGUACCCUCCACGCCAGCAAGAACAGGCCUGCUUGCUCAGCACAGGUGAAAUCUCUGCCUUGUUCCAUGGCCUUUUGCCUGAUGUUAUUUAUUUUUGGUCUGACUCUGUACAUAUGCAAUGAAAUGGCUAUUUUUUUUCCUUUUUGUUGUUUUUUUUUUCCUUUGUCCUUUGUAUUUGGUUCACCUCCUUGCUUCAGAGGGGGUUCUUCUCUGUGGUUGACACUGCUGGAAACAAGCAAUAAAACCAUCGUGAAGACA